UUCAGUCUUCAUACAUUUACUUUGACACAAUGCUCGUGCGUGUGCGCUCCAAGACGGGCACUGCGCGCGUCGAGCUCGCUGAUGACGUGACUGGCCAGCAGCUCAUUCUCGAGAUUCAACGUCAGCUCAACCUGCCGGCAGACGGAUCGUGGACGGUCUCCAAGCAACCGACAGGGCAGCUGGCCAUCACUGCACGAACGCGGCAGCCAGACAUCAAACAUGGCGACAUGUUGUAUGUGUCGUAUCUUGGUGCAGGUGCGAACGUCGUCAGCGGCGGCGCUGUGCCCAUGGACCUGUCCGACACUCCGUCGACAACAUCGCUCGCAUCGUCGGCCCCCGAGCCAAUCAAGGUGGUCGAGGAUGCUGUGGAUGUAUACCUGAGCAAGCAAGACGGCAAGAUCCAACGGAAACGCGAGGCGCCCUUCUGCAAGCAUGGCGCAAAUGGCAUGUGUGACAAUUGCUGCCCUGUCGAGCCCUACGACGCCAAAUACUUGGAAGCAAACGGCAUCAAGCACUUGUCGUUCCACGCCUAUCUCCGAAAGCUGCGGUCGGGUGCGGACGGCGGCAAGUUCACCCCGCUCUCCGUGCCUCAGAUGACCAUUCGCCCAGGAUGCACCGCUCACGCACCAUGGCCGGCCGGCAUUUGCACAAAGUGCCAGCCGUCGGCCGUGACGUUGGCGCGCCAGGCAUACCGACACGUGGAUUACGUCGAGUUUGAGCAGGCGUCGAUUCUCAACCAGUUUAUUGACUUUUGGCGACAGUCGGGUGGUGUUCAACGACUCGGCUAUCUCAUCGGGCGAUAUGAGCCUUACCCAGAGGUGCCUCUGGGCAUCAAGGCCGUGGUAGCGGCCAUCUACGAACCUCCACAAACCGGUGCUGUGGACUCGCUCGAGCUCCUGGACGACCCGAACGAAGAGGCUGUUUUGGGCGUCGCCAGCGCGCUCGGCUUGCAGCGAGUGGGCUGGAUCUUCACCGACCUCGAGGAUGACGGCACACGGACUGGCAUGGUGCAGUGCAAGCGACACAAGGACACCUUCUUUUUGUCUGCCAGCGAAAUCAUGAUGGCCGCUGAUCUGCAGGCCCGGCACCCCAACCCUACCACCGCAGCGUCGACGGGCGAGUUUGGCUCCAAGUUUGUGACGGUCGUCAUCUCUGGCAACGCCAGCCGCGAAGUCAGCCUGGAGGCCUACCAAGUGUCCAACCAGUGCGCAACGCUGGUGCAGAACGAGUUUGUCGUUCCCUCCACCCGCGACCCUUCCGCCAUGACGGUGCGCGAGACCACCGACGCCCAGUACAUUCCCGAGGUCUUUUACCGCUACAAGAACGAGUACGGCACCGAAGUGGUGUCGACUGCACGGCCAUCCUUCCCUGUGGAUUAUUUGAUUGUGAAUCUUGGAAAUGGUAGCCCGCAAAGCCCCAACCCAACAUUUGGUCUUGGCAUUAGCACCCCGUUUACCAUCGGCAAUCGCUCGGUUCUUGGCCAGAACGCGGAUGUCGUGGCGUUGAAGAGCUACUUGGCGGCCCAGCCAAGCAAUGCGGCCUUCCUUGCUCUUGUUUCGGAUUUUCACCUGCUUGUUUUCCUGGCCACGUCGUCCGUGUUGAUGCUUUCGAAUUCCCUGCCCGAGCUUUUGCAAGCAAUCAAAAACCGCGACAGUGCAGCUGCCAAUCAGUGGCAACAGUCUCCUCAGUGGCAGACUGUCUUGCAAAUUGCUUCCAGCGUUUCCAGCGCUCCUGGCGCUAUUCGAGGAGGCGCGGCGGGUGUGGCGGAUGCGUGGCAUUGCUCGUUCUGCACAUUGAUCAAUGCCGCUGCAAAGGACUCUUGCGACGCCUGCGGUCUCCCUCGUUCCCAGUGAUUGCCAUUUGCUGCCGUUUCUCGUUGUUGUACAUUACACUUUCCUUGUUCCACACGCAA